CGGAAAUACAGGAACACAUGGACCCCAUUGUUGAUGUGUCUCCGAUGAAAGUUAGACGAUCAUCAAAGAAUGGAGACCGCAGCCCUUGUGGCUCCAGUCACAGCACUGGAGUUCCUUCAGGAUGCUUUUCUACUGACGGGCGAGGGUCCAGUCUUGACGGUGUUCAAUCUGCAUCCUCGCCCCAAAGCCUGUGCAUCGCUGAGUGUGCUCCAACACUACAGAAUCCACGGGAUACGGCCUCGAAGUCUGAAGGUUGUCCCAGCACAGAGAUCUGCGACAGGAACAUCUGGGAAGAAUAGAGAUGAGCCGAGUGCCACGUCGGAGCCCACGUUCUAUGACCUUGCGGUGUUUGGAGGCAAAGCCGUGAGGCUGGUGAGGCUCCAUGUGGAUCUCCAGGAUGGGGAGCAUCUGCGCUUUGAGAUUCUGGGCCCCCUCGCCAAGCUACAGGACUGGGCCCUGGAUGUCCGUUGGCUCUGUGGACACAAGCGCUCACUGCUCUGUGUGGCUGUAGCUCACAAUAGCGCUCUUCUUCUGGACAUCGUCACAGGAAAUAUCAUGUUUCAGCGCUCCUGUCUGGAGGGAUGUCUGCUGUACUCUUCCCUCCUUCUGGUGCACGAAUCCUGGGAGGAUACCGUCUUGUUAGGAGGGACUGUUUUCAACCAACUGGUUCUCUGGAAGCCUGGGGGAGGUGGAGACAAAAGUGUUGAUUCCAAGCAUAAAGCUCCAGUUGAGAGACGGCUGCUAGGCCACAGUGGGGUCAUCUUCGGCAUCUCUUACCUCCAGGAGAAAGGGUGGCUGGCUUCGGCCUCCGAUGACCGCAGUGUAAGGAUCUGGCGUGUUGGUGCUUUAGGGGGCCCCGAGGGGAAAUGUGGAGACGUCAACCCGGCUUGUUUAAGGGUCCUGUACGGACACCAGGCUAGAGUUUUCUCGGUGCGUCUCUCCCCGGGGAAUGUGUUUAGUGCUGGUGAAGACGGGGCCUGUUUAGUCUGGGACUGGGCUGGAGGUGGCAAGGUGGUUCGGACCUUAAAAGGACACAGAGCAGGGGGGGUUCGUGCACUCGCAGUCAGCGAGGGAACCGGAGAUGAAGAGAGAUGGGUGGCUUCAGGGGGGGCAGAUGGAGGGGUGAGGUUGUGGAGGGUAAAAGGGAGUGAGGAAGGGAAGGAGAAAAUGGAGGACGCAGUAACAGAGAAGAUUACUGACCUGAAAUUCCCUGGCCACAGCUUGCCUAAAGUAGUUUGCAUGUCAGAAAAAGAGGAUGCAAAUGCAAGUUGGAGUGAGAGUAUGUUUGUUGUCUGCACUGACCAGGGAACAGUUUACCAAUACAGCGAUGGCCAGUGGGAGAUGCUAUGGCAGGGGACUCCCGAAUUCCAAUCUUAUUGUGUGAUGGAAACGGUCACUGUCCAUGUGAAAGGCUCAACAGCAAAAGUUAAUUUGUGUGCUGUGGGAAACCUCAGCGGAUCCAUACAGGUCUUCCCCAUCUCUCAUCCUCAGUGUGGGUUUCCCCUCACAGGUGCAUCAGGGAAGAUCCAUAGUCUUAUUUGGCAAGCGGUAAAAGACAACAUUUAUUUGCUGGCAUCAGGCUCUGAAGGAAUCGUCUAUCGCUGGUGUCUAGAGGUAGAUUCAGGGGAAAACUCCUCCUUGGCUCUUCGUGUUCAUCCCCUUCCUUCUUUCCGUCUUCCCGCCUGUGGCAAGUGCUGGCUGACAGCCGCAGUGCGCCUCCACUCCGCGUCACGGGGGUUGCUCUGGGUGUGCGGAGACAGGAGGGGGUCCCUGCUCUUGUUUCAGGAGGGAGCAACGCAGGAGCAAAAGAUUGGAGACAACAAACGGAUGGAUGAAGGCUGGCUGACCGGCAACAAACAAACGGAUGAGGAAGGGGUUGAGGGAAGCGGCAUCGGUUGGGAGAGAAAAAGUGAAAUGAAGGAGGAGAGGGAAAGAAAAGAAGUGGAUGACCUAACGCUGCGCCCACUGAGCUGCCUGUUCGGGGUGCAUGGAAAACAGGGUGUCACUUCAGUGCGUGAAUACCAGGGGCUGCUCUACAGCACUGGCAGGGACGGCUGUGUGAGGGUCUUCAGAGUGCUCCAUCUCGUAGCACCGGAAAAGCUUGAAGAAAAAAGUAAUGGAAAGGGUGUAGAGAACAAAGUGGGGCUUCAGCUGGAGGUUCUCCGAGUCCAGCGGGCAUGCAAGGGUAUGGAGUGGCUGGAGAGGGUUUUGAUCCUUGAAUCUGACAUUCCAGAGGAGCGGGGGGAGGAGGAGAGGGGCGAGGAAGAGCUGGGAGGGGAAUGUGAGAACUACACGACGAAGAAACAACAUUCGACAGGAAGGCUGGAGGUUCCAGAGGAGAGGGAGGAGAAGGGGAGCUUUAGAGGAGAGGAAGGAAAGAUAGAAAACAAGGGACGAGAAGCCAGGUUUGCUAUUAUUGGCUUCCAUGCUGCCCACUUUGUGGUUUGGGACCCAGUGAGGCAGGAGAGGCUCUUGGCGGUGCCUUGUGGUGGGGGCCAUCGCUCUUGGCGUCUCUGGCCGUCCCACAAAGGAGUCUGGCCCGGUUAUGGAGCGCUGGUCUUCAUCAGGCAAGGGGCUGUCAUGGCUUCACAACCCCCUGGAGCGGCACCGAGCUGGGCUGGGAAGUUGGGAAGGAGCGGAGGGUGGGGUCUGAGAGAGGGCGUCCACGGGAAGGGCAUCGGGUGCGUGUGCCGGCUGGGGACAAUCAGAGGAACGAGGAAUGAGAUGCCAACAAACAACACGAGAGAUUUCACAAAUACUGAGGGAAGAGGCGACGCAGAGGAGGUGGCGAGAGAGGAAGAGCAUUGGGAGAUAGUGGUGACGGGAGGAGAGGACACGAGCUUAACCGUCCUCGCGGUACGUCCCGACUCCGGCAGCGUCAAAGUCCUCUCGGUCAUCACUGACCACAUCUCGAGCAUUCGCACGGUGACGGCAGUGACGCGUCCGGAGGGAGGAGGCGACAACCGGACGCCGUCUCUCUCCGCCCUGCUCGUGUCGGCCGGCGGGCGAGCUCAGAUGCAGUGUUACCGGCUGUUGGUCGGCUGGGACAGGCAGAGACUGGUUCCCACCUGCCAGGUGAUCCAGGUGGCCGGUCACCGAUUGGACGAACAGUGGGAGAGGAAGCGGAACCGGCACAAGACGGUGAAAGCGGACCCAGAAACCAGGUACAUGUCUCUCGUGGCGGUGGAUGACAAGACGGACGGGUGUCUUCUGGCUGUGGCCUGCAGCGACGGAGCACUCAGGUUGUUCUCAGUCAAUGAAGUAAAACAUCAGAUCGAGUUGAUGUGGGAGACGUUUCACCACCAUCGCUGUGUUCUCAGUGUCGCCGCCUGCAGCCUGGAGGACAGAAGAGGCAACAGGUGUACGCUGCUGUUCAGUGCUGCAACAGAUGGCAAAAUUGCAGUGUGGGAUUUAACUGGUGCUUCUUCCUUACCGGCCGGCACUUCGAGCCGUAGUCCAACUACACCAAUCCACCGGCUCGAUGUUCACGCCCACCAGAGCGGCAUCAAUUCAUUGGCUGUUUGGGCAGAGGAUCUUGGACAUCAAGAGGGCGGUUGCCUGGUAACUGUUGCUAGCGGAGGGGAUGAUGGGCAGCUGACAGUGUCCACGAUAAGGGUGCAGUACCCCGAGGACCGAGAGAUUUCUCUGAUAUCUCUAGAAACCCAGUUACAAUCCCUAAACCAGCUUCACCUUCACCUCUACUCUCAGUUCUGCGUUGCGCUGGCUCACGCUGCCCCUCUGACCGCCCUGAAGCUCCUGAGCCCGGACCUGGUGGUCUCCACCUCUCCAGAUCAGAGGGUUUGCCUGUGGAGGGUUGGCAGUACCGACAUCCAUCACAUCGGGGCGCUCUUCUGCCAUGUUGCAGAUGCUGCAGGACUUGCAGUGUGGGAGGGGACGAUGACAGAGGAGGAGGAGGGAGAUGAAAAUAAGAAAACAAGAUUUGAGUCUGAGCAGGAGAUUGCUAUUUGGAGAGGGAGUCAGACAGGAUUAAAAGUGAUGUGUCAGACAGCUGCACAGUUCAAUAAGGACAAUAAAACGGCUGAUGAGGCCAAAGAUGGAGAACCUGUUGGAGCCGCGAGCGAGACAGGUGACCCAGUUUGUUGUCAAACCAGUAAUGAGAAGGGAGGUGAGACAGCUGGCGAAUGCAGAAAUCAAACAGAGGCUAACAGCUUGGGUGAGACAGAGAGUGAUGUAAAUACUGAGGCGGAUUUGAAGGCUUCCUGUGAGAGCGAGAAGAGGAGAGGAAAGACGGGAUGGGUGCUGGUCUGCGGCCAGGGCUUCCAGCUGCUACGAGUCCCAAAUAUGGAGAAGGAUGCAGAGAUGUGGACCACCAGGAGAGGAAAGGAGUUGAAGUGACUUCAUGAGAAAAGUCAACUUAAGUGGAAUCAAUAUCUAUCAAUAUCUGUGGUCCAAACAAUGCUCUGCUGAAUGGACACCUUAAACAACAACAAAAGUAUGAACUACUUGUUAAAUUUCUUAUACAGGAUUUGAUAUCAAAUGGAUUUUACGUUGGUCAUUUCCAAAUUACAUUUUAAAUAAAGUUUAUUUAUUCUCAA